AUUUAUUUAUAGAAAGUAUUAAUCAAAAUAUUUUUUUCGGAUGACGAAUAAAUAGCUUCAGAUAGUAUAUCGUAAUUAUGUUACAACGACUGAAGAUUUUUAUACGACCAAAAAAUAGAUGGAGGUUAUUUUGUAAUGAGAAAAAAUCUAGUCCAGAAAUAUUCUUUACAAGAGAUAUCGCAUUUGAAAGUGAAUAUUUUUAUAAGCAAAAUAAAGAAUUACGUGAAUUACUGAAGCAUAAAAUCGAAGAAGAAGUCGAAAAAUUACGAAUUGAUAUAAAAUCUAUGCAAAAAAAAAUAAUUGAAUAUGAAAAGGAUAUCAGAGAUAAUUUAAAAUUACUUGAAGAACUUGAAGACAAUCCCAAGUCUAGCGUAAAAUAAUUCUCUAAUGAAUGAUAUUCAAUAUUAUUGACGAGAUGAAAUUCUUAAAUAAAAAGAUCUCUCGUAGAAAAUAAAAACGAAAAAAAAAACAAUUUAAAUAAACGCGCUAUAAAAGUACAAGAUGGCGUAUAAAAUUCUUAAA